AUGACAACCUCACCUCUUACUAUAUCUAUUCCAAUAUCAUCCAUUCCUCUACUACCAAAGAUGAGUUCUGUUGAAACAUGUCUACCUCAAAUUGCAAUCCCACUUUCAUCUCUAGUUUUCUCGGACUCAACGAUUCCUUCUACUUCAACUGUCACAACUCCACCAGAAGUUCCUAUUAUCAAGUCCGUUUCGGAGCUGAAUGAAAAACUUAACUCUAUUGUUGAGCAUUCAAAUGCUUUGUCUUCCAUAAAAUGGGAGAAUUUGUUGACGACUCAUAUGGAAACGGUGGAAAUGCUAACGUCAACAAAUGCUAAUGUUCUUGAAGAAACAACAAAGACUGCUCAAGCUUCAAAAAAGAAAAUUACAGAAGCUAAGAAGAAGGUCAAUAAAUUGAUACACGAAGUCCAAGAGUUCAUGACUGACUUCAGAACUUCUUCUGAUAAAAGUGUAGCUGAUGUGAAUAAGGUCAUUGAAGGUUUUCAGACUUCUUUACAAUCCAAAAAAGAAGCUCUGUCUAGCCUCCGAUUCAGAAUUCAACGAGACAAUGAUUGUCUUUGUACAUCAUUCUCUGAAAGAAUUCUCCGAUUACAAAAUGAUUUGGAUGUUGUGAACAAGAUCAUGGAUGCAUUGGCUGAACAAGAUCUUGGAUGCUACAAGAAAAUUUUAAGAAUGCAUCAAUCAAUAUUGCAAAGCAUAAAUAAGAAAAGAUUUUGGUUCAAGGGUGCAAAUUUGAAAUCAACCAAAGAUUGA